AUGGGAUUCUGCUGUGGGCCUUCCGAUGUCAAGGUGCUCCCAAAUAACACCUCCUCAUUGUCGUCAACGUCUUCCUCAUCGUCAUCACCCGCUAAAGAUUCUGCCGACGGUGGCAAGAAGAAGCAACAGCAAGGUGUGAAGAAGGAGCAGGGGAGGGAGAAGAAGAAGAGCAACCUUGAUCGGGCCGCCAUGGCUACGCCCCGCCUCCCCUUCCAUUCUCGACCCGGGGGCAAUUUAAGCUCAAAUUAUUAUGAACCAAAUGCAGGGUGGAAGCCGCAACACGACAUCGAUAUGGUCCUCGGGCUCCGGCGCCGACUUCAAUUGGGCCUAGACUGA